AUGGCCCCAUCCGGGGUUAAACCUGGUGUUAUAAAAGAUCCCGCUGUUGCUGCCCUUUUCAGUCACAAAGAUCCGGAAUCGCGCUAUGACGAUCUCCGAGAAAUUGGACAUGGGUCAUUCGGGGCUGUUUACUUUGCGUAUGACAAAGAAACAAGCGGAACGGUUGCCAUCAAGAAGAUGGCCUACUCGGGUAAGCAAGCAGGCGAGAAGUGGGCCGAUAUCCUGAAAGAGGUGGCAUUUCUCAAUAAAAUAAAGCAUCCCCACAUUGUUGAAUAUAAAGCAUGUUUUCUGAAGGAACAGACAUGUUGGCUUGUGAUGGAGUAUUGCAUUGGCUCGGCCGCCGAUAUUGUCGACGUUUUACGUCAAGGGCUACGGGAGAUAGAAAUCUCAGCAAUAUGCAGUGAGACGUUGUCAGCCUUGCAUUAUCUUCAUCAGCUGAAGAGAAUUCAUCGCGAUAUUAAAGCUGGAAAUAUCCUCUUGUCUGAUACGGCUCAUGUGAAGCUUGCUGAUUUCGGAUCUGCUUCAAUGUCAGACCCAGCUCAAACUUUCAUUGGCACGCCCUUUUUCAUGGCUCCGGAAGUAAUUCUUGCUAUGGAUGAAGGUCAUUAUACGGAAAAAGCCGAUAUUUGGUCGCUUGGGAUUACGUGCAUUGAAUUAGCUGAAAGAAGACCUCCUUUAUUUAACAUGAAUGCUAUGUCUGCUCUUUACCACAUUGCCCAGAAUGACCCUCCAAAGUUGGCUCCUGUUACAAACGAAAAUCAACCCGACUGGUCUGAUUGGUUCAAAGACUUUGUUCACAUUUGUUUGCAAAAGGAUGCUGAACAACGUCCUGCUACUGGAGAACUGUUGAAUCACUCCUUCAUCACGCGCCAUGAGCACAAGGGAGUGAUUCAAGAGCUCAUUUCGAGAACAAAAGCCAUCGUAAUGGAGCUGGACAAUUUCCAAUAUAAGAAGAUGCGUAAACUGAUGUACCUAGAUGAAGUGGAAAACAGAGAUGGUGAGCAUGCUCAAGGUGGAGGAUGUGAAGAAGUGGACGAUAUAGUGACCGACUCAGGAAUGUUAUCUGUUGAAAAAGGAGAUUCAACGAGUUCGAAGAGCGGUUCCAUGAAGAGUCUCACAUCAUUCCGUUCCCUGCAAAGUAGCAGUGGUGGUAAUGGAACAAGCUCUCGUCUUCCAAUUCCUGCAAGUUUAAAAACGGAGAGUACAGAGGGAGAGAAUCGGACGCUAAUACCAGUCGGAAAUAUUUCGGAUGGAUCGGAUGCGUACAGCACACGACCAGCUAGCCCCAUAUCAUCAGUGAAACUUGAAAGAAAUUUCAAGGAUGAUAUGGCAACAUUGAAGAAGUCCAAAUUUUCCACACUGCGCUCUGCAAAAUUGAUCUCACGAGAGCAAGAAGAGUACAACAAGGAAAAUAACAUGUACGAGCAGAUGAAUGGUUACAAGCGCCUUCGCCAAAUGCAUCAUAAAGAGAUGCAGCAGCUGGAGGAGCGAUGCGCAGCUGAAAUCGAGCUUCUUCGUUUGCGUCUCGAUAAGGAGCUGGAUCAACUUGUUGCCGGAUAUGCCAAGGAACGACAACGCUUCAAGAAUGCGCAUCAGAGCGAAAUGGAGAAGAAGCGAAAGGAAAUUGAAGAGGGUGAAAAGAAGCUGCGAAAGCAAAUUCUGAUCAUACAACAUGAAGCAGAGUCAUCGAAUCAAACAGAAUACACGAGAAGGAAAACUGAAGAUUUGAGAAAGCGUCAUGCCACACAAAGCAGGCAGCAACCUAGAGAGCUCAAGUUGAAAGAAGCGCAAAUCCGAAAGCAGUUCCGCCAAGCUGUGAAAACGCAAACCAGACAAUUUAAACUGUACCAAACGCAGUUGAUGCAAGCUGCUCCGAAAGAAGAACAUAAGGAGAUUGCAACACAGUUGAAAGAGAAACAGAAACACCGCAUCGCUUUGCUGACGUCCCAAUAUGAAUACCAAAUCGAAAGCAUGGUACAGGAAAAGACUGGGAAAUUGGAAUCAUGGCAGGAAGAGGAAGCCCGAUUACUGCAUGAACGGUUAGCAAAAGAAUUGGACGAGUUGAAGGAGUACCAGGAGAAGCAAAAAGCUCAGCUGGAGAAUACUAUUGACAAGGAACGGACGGCGCUGGACGAGCGUAUCGCUUUGCGUAGAGCUAUGCUGGAGCAACGUUUCAAGGAGGAACGUGAAGACAUGCAGAAACAGAGGGAAUCGCGAAGUCGGGCUACUGCCGAAAGGCACGCUGCCGAAGAGCGUCAACUAGCGGGUGACGCUAGUGGCAACUCGUCCCAUACGACCGCUCUCUGA